AUGGAACGAAGUCGCGGCGUUUGCAAAUGCGCCACAUACGAGGAUCUCGCAACGCAGCAGAGCGAACUAAACCCAAGUAUUGCUGAUUUAGCCCGCUAUCUAGGCCAGCAGCCAGCGCAGUCAAGUACCAUGAUUUCUUUAGAUUACUUGUGUGGCGACCAAGCAUUGGCAGAGUCAAAAUACAUAGGCGAGAACGAUUUGGAAAAGAUACUCGAUGGAAUAUUUGACGGAGACGAGCAGCGUCACGUUAUUUUGGUCGAGGAUAUCGAGCCCCGCCUAAUCAGUCUUCUUGGUGAGAAGCUGGACAUCGACCCUGUUUUUUUCGCCGGUCAUAUUACCACGAAUUUUGGCGACAUAGAGCACGUGCCUCCUCCUCCAUCUUUGGCCCUGCUUCCGUCACAAAUAGCUGCGGCAGAGUAUCUACAUACGCAUUACCAGAGGGUGAUGGACCUGGGAAAUGCAGACCUUUUCCAAGGCGCUGCAUACGCUUUAAAGACAAACUCUAACAUUGUUCGGAACGUCCGCCGGUUGCCAGCUCUGUCGGGGAGGCAGCUUGGCCUCGCCCACCUCGUCCGUUAUCUUCGCUAUCAGCCGCCGCCUGGCUUUACAGUGGCUAAUCCAAGCCUCCUAAGCCUCUGCUACUACCCAAUACGCAUUAGCCUGGCAGAAUGGAACCUCUACAUCCACCUGACAAGCCGUUGCGUCAAGCACUAUGAAUACACCCUCUCUAGUGCUCAAAACCGGCUGCACGACGACGACAUCAAGGACCUACAGCGCUGGAGGCGCCGCAGCAAACAGAGCCAACACAAACUUCUUCUUGUAGAGGCAUUCGUUGACCACUGGCGCCAGCAGGAGGCAGACGGUCGGCCGACUUGGGACAUGGCACUCAUGGAUAUCCGGUAUUUGCGCCAGCAGCUCGAGCAGUACAGCAUCUCAUUAGAGCAGAUGAUCAGUGUGGCGACGUCUAUGGUGCAGCUAAUCGACUCACGGCGCUCGUUGCAAGAUGCGGCAAACGUAAAGCAACUAACUUUAAUCGCUCUGAUCUUCGUCCCUCUCUCGUGGGUGGCAAGCCUUUUCAGCUUGUCUGACAAGUAUGCUCCGGGGCACGAGAAGUUCUGGGUCUACAUAGCCACAGCGCUAUCUGUCCUCUUCCUAGUCCUGCUCCUGUCAGCUCUACGAUACAGUCAUGUGGAGGGCUUUCUGAAGAGUAGCAUCGGACGGUUAAGUCUAAUCCGGAGAGUGAAGAUCAAUGCUGGACCAGCAUAG